UUCUUUCAGCAGACAAAUCGUUUCGUGAAAAACCCUAGUCUCUUUCUUCCUAUAUCUCAAAAUCUCCUCUGUAACUCGUUUUUCGGCGGUUCGCUUCCGUUUUGAUUAACGAUGCCUCCGAAAUUGGAUACGACGCAGAUAGCACAAGCAGGAGCAGCAAGUUCUCUAGCACCAAAAAUCGGUGAAGAUGAUAACAACGGUAAUGUUUCAAACACGAUUACUAGCAGUAGUUUCCAUUCAUGGAGUGUUAAUGUAGAUGAUGGUAUAAUUUGUGAGAUAUUUAGCAGAUUACCGGUUAAGUCACUUAUGCGGUUCAAGUGCUUGUCUAAACAUUGGUGUUCUGUGAUUCAAAAAGAUCAACAUUUUAUUGAUUUACACUUUCUUCAAUCAAAAGCACGAACAAAUCUCCUUCUUACGGUUCCAAGAGAAAGAAACGGUUACAUACAAUCGUGGUCAGUGGAUGACAAUUUGUAUCCAUUUCGAUAUUUUUUGGCAAUUGCUGAUCUAUUUAGCGAAGGCGGGGAAGUGCCAUCAGUAGUUCAUACUACCACACGGGAGAUUGAUACGGGAUCGUAUAGUAUUACAAAACCGGUAAAUGGUUUGAUCUGUUUAUUUGAUUCCGAAGAGAACCUUGGUGUUCGAGUUUGCAAUCUUAGUACCCGUCAAGUUACAACAUGGAUUAGAUCAACAUUCCUAUCCAACUUCGAUUUAAAAGAUAAAGGCGCCCAUUACCUAAUGUCCUCGAGGUGUAAUUUGGGAUUCGAUCCUGCCACUAAGGAGCACAAAGUGAUUUGUAUGUGGACAGUUCGUGGCGGUCCAGUUUGCGAAGUCUUGACUUUAGGAGAUCGUACAUGGAGAAUAAUCGACGAUGUCCUCCCAGCAUACAAUUAUACAAAUUCAUAUACUUAUGGAGAUUCUAUUUAUGUGAAUGGUUUUAUAUAUUACGAGCCACAAAUGAUAAAGUUUAGCUUUGAGGAUGAUAAGCCUAUAGUCAUAGUCGCAUUUGAUGUUGGAAAGGAGAAAUUUAGAGCUAUAGAAAUUCCUGAUUUCAUUCUUGACCAGAUUUCCGAUAGUAAUCGAUUGUCAACUGUACAAUUGUUAGAAAUCGAUCGUCAUCCAGCUCUCUCAAGUGGAACAAGCCGUGACAUCUUCAAGAUAUGGUUAUUUGAUGAUGAAUAUAGCAAUGGUUGUAGAACUAAUACUUGGACCGCAGUUACAGUUGAGUUACCCGUCAAUUUGGUGUAUCCAGAUGGUAAUAAGGUUCAGUCUGACCGUUUCAGUGUUCGUUUCCAUUCAGUCACAGGAACGGGCUUUAUAAUCCUAUAUUUAUACUGCUGGUAUCGAAUGUGGCUUGGUUUUGAGUUUGCACCCCAAGUCUCUACUUAUUCUUACAAUUUGAGAACUAAGAUAUUCACAGAGAUUAAAAUCAAGGGGCUCCCAUCAGGACCACAUCUUAAGUUUGUACCAUGUAUAUCAACUUUCACCGAGAGUCUUUUACCUGUUCAAUAGCUAGCAUACAAUACUCAACAUCUUGGCAAGUAUGGAAGCUGGAUUUGUUAUCCAUAGUUACGGUGUUUGCUUUUGACAUGCAACGAAAUCAAAGGAUUCUAUCUGAUCGAUGUUAUACUUUCAUACGGUUGCUAUAAUUACAUGCUGGUGGGACUCUGAUGAGCUCGUUGUCACUUGGCGUAGGAGUCACUUCGCGGUCGGGGGUGAAGGUCACUUGGCAGUCAGAGGUCUUAGGAUGCUUUGAGUCUUUUGAUCAGAUGGUUCAUAUCUUACAAAUCCAAGAACGUAAUUCGACGUUUCGAUUGUGCACCCUUACUAGUGAUUACAUGGAUAUGGUCUUAGCUAGCUUAGAAUUUUAACAGUAUGAUCUCCUACCUAUUGGCUGUUUUUCUUUUGCAUGUCGAAUACUGUGGUUGAAUAAGACCUUUUUUCUUUCUUUCA